UGUCUAAAUGUAGACUCAAUACUCACUUUAUCAACUCUCUCAUCACUACUGUGGCCGUGGUGCAGUCGAUAUUUAGGUGAGGUUUGCCUACGUGUUGUAUAUAAAUAGUGAACACACCAUUUCUCACGGAAUGCUCAAAGUCAUAUGCUUUCGUCAUGUGACUACACACCACAUCAGUUCAACAUGGCGGCCACGUCUGUUUUCCAGAGAGUGAGAACAGGGUCGAAAAUAGGAGCUCAAUAUGAUCAAGAGGGAAAUCUUAUUCAGGUUGAAACACGGGAGGACGAGGAGCAGAGUGUCAAGCUAGCAGAAAUCCUGGAACUUCUGCUUGCUGCUGGAUACUUUAGAGCCCGUAUCAAAGGACUGGGACCUUUUGACAAGGUGGUUGGAGGGAUGACAUGGUGCAUCACAACAUGUAACUUCGACAUUGACGUGGAUCUGCUGUUCCAGGAAAAUUCAACUAUUGGACAGAAAAUAGCUCUCACAGAGAAGAUAGUGUCUGUUCUGCCCAAAAUGAAGUGCCCUCACCGCCUGGAGCCCCAUCAGAUCCAAGGGCUGGAUUUCAUCCAUAUAUUUCCAGUGAUACAGUGGCUGGUGAAGAGAGCCAUAGAGACGAGAGAGGAGAUGGGAGACUAUGUGAGGGCCUACUCUGUCUCUCAGUUCCAGAAGACACACAGCUUUCCUGAGGAUGAAGACUUCCUGCAGAGGAAGGAGAAGGCUGUGAAAGCAGUCCUAGAUGUAUCGGAAGUGUAUAAACCUCAGAGGAAGUACAAGAGACAGGUUGAAGCAGGAGAGCUGCUGGAUGAGGAGUCCAGGGUUCACUCCACCCUGCUGGAGUACGGAAGACGAUAUGGAUUCAGCAAGCAGACAAAACAGGACAAGACAGAGGAGCGGAAAGCCUCGUUGACCCCGGGCUCUCAGGCCACACCCCCAGGGAUGACAGAUGUGUCGCAGGAGGAGGAGGACCUGCAGGAAGCGGAGGAGCUGCGCAUCAAAACACUGAUGACCAGCAUGGCUGCCAUGGCGACUGAGGAGGGGAGGCUAACAGCUAGCACUGUGGGCCAGAUAGUUGGGCUACAGUCUGAGGAGAUUAAACAGAUAGCAUCUGAGUACGCUGAGAAGCAGUCGGAGUUGUCUGCAGAGGAUCGUCCAGAGAGGUACGGGCCAGUCCAACAGCACCGUAGGAUGGUGACCUCUCUGAACAAACAGAUCCAACAGAAAACCAAGCAGUUGGAGGAGCUACAAGCCAAGCGCUUGGAGGUAAAAUCAGGGUGUGAGCAGGCUAAGAGCAAACUGAUGGAGGCCACAGAGCAGGCAGAGAGACUGGAGAAAGAGCUGAGUACCCUGGAAGAGGCUGAGAGCCAGGCUGACACUGGUCUCUUGGAUAAGCUGAGGGCUCUGGUAGGCAUGAAUGAGAACCUGAAGCACCAGGAGCAGGAGUUCCGGACACACUGUAGAGAGGAGAUGGUUCGCCUGCAGCAGAACAUUGAGGACCUGAAGAUGGAGUCAGGAGAUGAUACGGAGGACGAGAAGGUAGCACACUGGCCCUGCGAGGAGCCCUCCCAAGACCAGCUAACUCUCCUUCGUCUAUGUGUAACACUCUCUCUUUCUCUCUCUCUCUCACAGGAGAGGAGUCAGCUAAUAGACAAGCAGUACAACAUAGACAGAGAGAAGCUACAGAAAAUCAGACUACUGAUGGCUCGUCGGAACCGUGAGAUCGCCAUCCUGCAGAGGAAGAUGGACGAGGUGCCGAGCAGGGCAGAACUGACCCAGUAUCAGAAGAGGUUCAUUGAGCUCUAUGGCCAAGUUUCAGCAACACAUAAAGAGACCAAGCAGUUCUUCACCUUGUAUAACACAUUAGAUGACAAGAAGGUUUACCUGGAGAAGGAGGUGAACUUGCUGAAUUCCAUCCAUGACAACUUCCAACAGGCGAUGGCAUCUUCGGGGGCCAAGGAGCAGUUCUUGAGACAGAUGGAGCAGAUAGUCGAGGGAAUCAAACAAAGCCGCAUCAAGAUGGAGAAGAAGAAGCAGGAGAACAAGAUGAGGAGAGACCAGCUGAACGAUGAGUACCUGGAGCUGCUGGAUAAACAGAGGCUCUACUUCAAAACUGUCAAGGACUUCAAAGAGGAGUGUCGGAAGAAUGAGAUGCUGCUAUCCAAGCUGCGAACCAAGGGUGCUUCGUAACCCAAAACACUGCCUCCAAAAUAAUUUCUUACUGUUUAUAAAAACUCAUCUCAAAACAAAUCUCAUCAGUCAACGACUUUGUCUUGCUGUCUGCAUUAUGUAUUCUCCUCUAUUGGAGGUCAUCUUCAUUGUACUAACUGUAAGUCGCUCUGGAUAAGAGCGUCUGCUAAAUGAAAAAAAAUGUAAAAAAAAAAAUUGUCUUAUUCUGCCUAUUGUGCUUUGACAUUCUUCGUUUAUUUGCAGCAUGUGGUUAGGGCAGAGGGAUUAUUGAGAGAGGGACAUUAACUGCCCUGUGCACUUUGACAUGAGGAAUGUUCACUCUACUUAUGUGCCAAUUACCUGUGCCCGGCCCCUGUGGCAUUAACCAUUACAGUAGACCUAAUGUUGUAGAUAGGUACUCCAUGAAAUCCCAAGUGUGCAAUUGGCACUAACGUGCAGGGCUGUCUGUACAGUUGUAUUAAUUAGCUUUCUCAGAUGUCAAUUUAGAUGUUGAAUAGAGUAACACUGCAUAAUGAGGCAUGGUUGACACUGUUACUAAACUAUAGCAUUUCAAAUUAAUAAAUGCUGUGCUGAUAUAUGGUUCACUUUUAUGCAGACUUUUUUUUCAACCCAAAUGUUACCCGUGUUUUAUUCUCUGUUGUCUAUCCUUUCCAACAGUUUACUAUCAAGUUGGCACUUAAUAAAAUAUACUAUGCACAAUCA